AAUGUACUGGCAAAGAAGCACGAAGAAAGGAGGUGACAACAGGACUUUUUCCAGAUGGGGCUACUGGGAUACAGGGUGAAUAGAUGGGAGUACUGACAACUGUUGAGCAACUCUAUCUAUCAGAGUGUUGGCGUUUUUCUUGUGCUGUGUUCGUAGCUGGUAAAAUUUACCCUUUGAAAAACAAUACAGUAGCAUACUAGUACGAAUUGCAUAGUCCCUCGGUUUUACAGCUAGAGGAAGGGCCUAGGGGAGAGCGCCUCAUCUAUUUGAGUGACAAUGAAUGUGAUUGUGAAGGCGGCUGAGUACGUGCGCGUGGAAGGUGACCACUGGGAGGUCGAAGUCGCUGAGGACUCCGAGGUACCGUCUACGUUGGAGGAGCACCACGUGCGUAUUCGGGUCAAGGCCUGCGGUCUCACUCAGCAGGACUUUGAGGUUGUGAGCAAUAUUCACCGCUCCAAGGCACGGCUUCCACUUGGCCACGAGAUCUCUGGUGUUAUCAAGGAAGUGGGACCGAAUGCUAAUCUAUUCAAUGUUGGAGAUGAAGUUGUCGGUCUUCUGCCACUGAACUGGCCGCAUUCUGGUUGUGCAGAGGAGUGCGUCGCGCCCGAGUACUGCUUAGUUGCCAAGCCUGGUGCUGUGAGUCACGUGGAUGCGGCUGGCUGUGUGAGUGGUGGCGUGCGUGCCUACACGGCACUGCACUAUGCUGCACAUGUGUGCGGCGGCGAGACAGUGCUGGUCUGCAAUGGCUCCUCGCCCGAAGGUAUCAUCGCCAUUCAGCUGGCACAGCUGUGGAAUGCACGGGUGCUAGCAACGGCCAGCACUCACGAGGAAGCUGUGUUCCUGGAGAGUCACCGUCCUCCUCUCGCACAAGUGAUUGAAGUGGGCAAGUAUCGCCGCUCUCUGGUUGACGUGUGCUUGGAGGAAACGGGCGGUUUGGGCAUUGACUGCGUACUUGAUUGCGCGUCAAGCUCUAUCGACCUUUCGUCCGGCGCCGGCAGAAUGUCAACUCCAUCAUCCACGCCAUCAUCACCGACACCAAGCCGUCAGGGUGGCCAGCCAAGCCUUCACGAGUUCUUUUCCUGUCUGGCGGUCGGCGGCCGUUUUGUCACCGCUGAUCGCACCCUACAGCUUGACCCGCCACACUCGGACCUGUUGUACAUGAAGGGCGGUAGUGUCUGCUUCCUCAACGAGCACACUUGGCUGCUUUCCAGUGGUCAGCAGGGCCGCUACAUGCACAUGCUCAGCGACCUGGUGGAGAAGGUGAAUACCAAGAAAAUCAAUCCGUCCAUUCACCACACUGUGGAACUGGCGAACGUACCGCAAGCCUUCAAGCAGCUGUCUGACUGCGUCAUUGGCAAGGUGGUCAUGAGGAUGGCGGACUAGCCAUCUGCCUCUCCUCCACCCUCUCCCUCACAAGAAUUACAUGGAACAGUAUCGUUGUAAUUUGUAGGAGUGUGAGAUGAUCUCACCUGUUUUGAAAUUCAAUUUGCAAUUCUCAAAUUAUCACGUUUCUGCUAUUCGUUGUGCAACGACAAGUACAAGUAUUUACUUCUUUUCAAUACCGGCCCGCGAGUAUCAGGAAUAGGGUUUGGCAAUGUCGGCCGUUAUCAGCACUUGUCAGAUCAGAGAGCGGCUCGGGACCUACUCAUCUAGUCUUCAGCACUCCAAGACUGCAGUCGUGGCCGGCAUUCCAAAGCCAACACUAUUGUAACUUGCUAUACGCACAAGUGCUGCACAGUGCACACCAUAAUAAUUAUUGUUAUGGAUUUAUGGUGCAACAUUCUCGAACCUCAACGAUACAAACCAUGUACUGUAAAACAUGUAAUUUUAGGUGCAUUAAAAUUUCGGUGCCAGAGACCUGCCAGGUUUCAGGUGUACUGUAGGAUUAGGUGACCAGCAUUCCUUUCACAUACAGUGCAUACUCUAGUGCCUUUUAGGUGUAAUUUAAAUUUAGGUGCCUGGUUUCUUUACUGAAAUCACCGAAAUUAAAGUUACACCGAAAAUUACAUGUUUUACAGACUUGAAUUACAGUACAUCAGAGUACUAAAAAAAGUGUUUAGUACUCUGUGGUGUACAGUACCAAGA